UCAAACGGCUGGGCGGGUCCUUGUGUGUCCUUCUCGUUUUCCCGAACCUCCUCCCUGUGAGCGCAGCUUGCCACGUUGCCGCAGUGGUGUGGGACGCCCGGGGUCUUCACCGGCACAUCAGUCACCCAGAUGUGAAAAAUACAACCAGUCGAAACGAGGUCCUUUUCCCUCCCCGUGUCCGUGUCCUCGAAACAACAGCGAUGCUCGCAGGCGUGAUGGUGGAGGAGGACUUUGACCGCGCUGGAGCGGAGCAACUCUGGCGCAGCAGGAAGGACCUGGAGCACGAUCUACAUUUGGCGGCAGAAUUGGGCAAGACUCUACUGGAGCGCAACCAUGAGUUGGAACAGGGCCUUCAGGAGAUGUACACUACCAACCACGAGCAGCUGCAGGAGAUUGAGUACCUGAACAAGCAGGUGGACCUCUUGAGGCAGAUGAACGACCACCAUGUUAAGGUGUACGAGCACCUAGAUGUGGCGUCUCGAGACCUGGAGAAGAACAACCACAGCCUGCGGCUGGAGAAUCGUGCGGCCCAGGGCAAGAUCCAGAGCCUGACGGAGACCAUCGAUGGCCUGCAGGCGCACAUGGAGGUCCUCCAAAGGCAGGUGGAGGAGCUGAAGGUGGUGCAGGCGCAGUGCUCCAGGAGGGAGCGGGUGGAGGCGCGCUGGAGUCUGGCCGCCCACAGUGUCUCCUGCCUGAAGGAACUGUAUGAUCUGCACGAGGAAGCGGCCCUGACGUCGGAAAGCCGUGAGGAGCGCUCCUGGCCGGGGCUGGACCCUGCGCAGCUGGCCGAGGAGAAGUCCUGUCUGUGGGACACCCUGCGCAGCCUGCAGGUACAGCUGGCAGCCGAGCGCAAGCUCCGCGAGGCCUCAGAGCACGUCACCGAGGAGACGGAGCAGGAGAAGCAGGACCUGGAGCAGCGCCUGGCGCAGCUGCAGAGAUCCGAACGGCGGCAGGCCGAGCUGGAGGCCGAGGUGGACGAGCUUAGGCAACUGUGGCGCUCGGAGUCGCUGUGCGCCCGGGGGGCAGACGCGCUCCUGCUUGGCGCAGUGUUCUUCCCCUCUGAGGAAGAGGAGGAGCCGGAAGAGGAGGACGAGGAGGAGCCCGAGAGGCUCCCGAGAGGCCACGUCUGGGCCGAGGAGCUGCGGCGGGGUCACGAGCGCACGUGCGCCCGGCGGGCCACGCGGGCUGGCAGCAGACGUGGCGUCUCGCUGCUGAGCGAGGUGGACGCGCAGUACAGCGCACUGCAGGCCCAGUACGAGGAGCUCCUGCAACGGUCCCGCCGCUCCCAUGACGCGCUCAGCCACAAGGCGGUGCAGACACCCGCCGCCCAUGCCUGCACCCGCCCGCACGGCUCCACCCACGAGCUCUACCAGCCAGAGUACAAGGCCCUGUUUGAGGAAAUCUUCACCUGCAUUCAGAAGACCAAAGAGGACCUAAGGGAGAACAGGUCCACGUCAAGUCAGGAGCACUGACUCGGACCUGGUGGCGGAGGCGGCGGAGCUCUUAGGUUGUAGAUGGUGUAGACUUGACAACAGUAUUCUUAUCAGCCUCUGUUCAUACUUGUGAUCGGGGACUGGGCACUUACUUCACUUUCUCUAUUUGUGUGUGAUGAAGUAGGUGUUGAGGAGCUGGUGGGAGCUGGUUGUGAGACUCAUCUCAACGUGCUGCGCGCGUGUGUGUGUGCUGAUUGCACUACCAACACCUGUGCCUGUAUCCAGCAAACGGCAGUGGUGGGUCCCGUCCUCGAGCAAACGGUGCACCUCAAAGAGAAACACCAGCAGCAUUGCUCUGGCUUGGUGCAACUGCUAGUGUUUUGUAGCAGUACCUUUUUUGGCCAAGUUCAGCCGUUUGUACACAAAGUGGCUUCCAAGGUUAGCCGUGCAUGACGCUAACACCUGAUUGUAGCCCUGCUUCUAUUUGCUGCUGUUUGGUGGUGGUUGUUUGUUUGUUUGUUUGUUUGUUUGUUGUUGUUGUUGUUGCUGCUGCUGCUGUUGCUUAGGUCAGCCUGACCAGCUUGUUUGUAUGUUGGUUGACAAGCUAAACUUUAUUUCUCAGAUUUGGUCAGGACAGUCUUACAUGUAUGCUCCUUGUAAUUAGCUACUUGUAGCUAGCAGCCCGGAUCGUGUACUAACAGUGUAGAUGUUGUAAAACAUAUGUAAAUGAUGGAGAGUUAUGGCCCCGUAGAUAAAGAUUUAGCUCCAGUCUGGGACCCCUUGAGCUUUCUGACUAACGAAACAGCACACUGCUGGAUUCACGUGUUUGUGCAAAGCCAAUCGUUCGGUUUGUGUAUGCUUUGACUUGAAGCUUACCUGAUCAUCUGUACCAUCCAGGGUCAAACAGUAACAAUACGUAUCACCUGGGAUUAAACAGUGCACCUCAAUGGAGGUGUGUGUGUGGAGGUGUGUGUGUGUGCGCGCGCGCGCUAAUUAGAUUAGCUUGUCAGAUGAGAGUCUGAUCCCUGUGUCUCUUCUCGUCUCUGCACUUUACGCAGACUUUAUGGUCAGGUAUUUUUUUGUUUUUGUUUUCUCGUGUUUAUUUAUUCAUUUUGAUCUCAAGACGUAUUUAUUUUUCACCGGUUUUCAUUUCUUUUGUUCAUUCACUGUGCAUGCCGUGGAAAUGCAGUGCACGCUGUAUUGACCUGCAUGUCUGCUGCACUAUGCGGUGAUCCUCAAACGUCUCAACACUGUCUCUGUUUUCCUGAUGGAUUAGAUUAGUAUUGCAAAUUAAAUGUUAUAUAUGAACUGAUUUUGGCUCAUGUUAAGAUGUGCCUUAUUGGAAGCCUGCUUUCUGGAUUGCAUUAAUAUUACACCGCUAGUAUGAAGUGCAGGUGAAAUCUGACAGCCUCUUGAAGGCUAUAAAUUGGUCUAAUUAUUUUUGUCUCCCCCUCUCCCCACAACGGAUGCGACACUUGAUGCGUAAAGCCAGGAACAACGUUCUUAUUAUUUUCUGCCGCCUGACCUUUUAUUGUUCUGUUGUUGGUAUGUGUGUGAAAAGUCAUGGCGUGAAAGUGCCUCCUGUGUGGUUGCUUUGUGUACAAUCACGCGUUCUCAGCAGCUAGAAGGCAAAACGGUGGAUUCUAAUCAGAGGGCAAAAGAGGAUGUUGAAAGACUGAAGAACCAGCCAGAUGAUCGGCAGCUGGAUGUGACGUGUAAAACGGCGGAGAAAAUGAGAGGAAAUGGAUGGAUUGGAUGUUAUGACUAUGGGUUAUGGUGGCGGAAUUUUGCAGUGUUUGGCGUUCCCUGUUCUCGGUGCUUCUACAUUUUCCGUUUGUUUAUUACAGACUAUAAUCCUGCCAAAGUAGCGUAAAAGCCAGUGUGUUUUGAUAAUGGAAAUGUUACUUGUUUCAGAUAAACAAACCUCAUCUUGCACCAUGUCACCAAGUGUUGGAAAAAACAGUGGGUGUAAAGAAAACAAGGCACUGUUGGAGGAGGAUGGUGCUGGCCUGUGAGUGGUUGGGUUCCUGACGCAUUUCAACCUGACUUCCCCCUUCAUUCUCGUGCAUCCCUGAUCACAUCCCUCCAUUCGUUCCUAGGAACUGUUCGCUCCUGCUCAACGAUUGAUACGUUCUGUUUUUUUAAGUCUUUGAAGACUUUUUACUGUUUUUUCGACAUUUUUACUGUCAUUGAAAAUGUUUGAAAACACAAAUAUACAUAAACUGUUAAAUGGUGCUGAUUCCAUUGUUGUUUUUGUAGUUAAAUGCCAUAAAAAUGUCUUUUUUUUUUUUUUUUUUUACAUCUAGAGCAUGUAUGAAUUCUUCCAGUGGCAUGCACAAAGACUAACUAACACCUGCUUAGUGGUUAAAAAUAAAUGUAAAAAACAUCUGCAUCAG